CAAUUCCGAGGCGGAGAAGGGGCGGUCUGGCUGCUGCUACUGCAGGAGGGGGAGCGGGCGAGCCUGCUGGUCCCUGGACGCGAUGGACGCGCCGGAGGCGGCCUGGGGCUUGCUGUUGCGCCUCCUGCUCGCCGUGGCCUGCCUGGCCUUUGGCCUUUAUUGCUGCUACUUAAAAUACGUCCACUGGAAGUACGAUUACAUCCCCAGCGCCCCGAGGGCGAGCUUUUUUUUUGGUCAUCUACCAGUCAUUUGGAGAAUGCUUAAAAAUAAGGAACUGAUUCACGAUCUCUUUCUGGGUUGGGCUGAGGAAUACGGACCAGUUAUUCGUUUUAAUGUCUUCCACAGAGUCACGCUAUUGGUAGUAAGUCCUGAAGGAGUAAAGGAGUAUCUGGUGUUACCACAAUACCCAAAGGACCGAAUUGUGUAUGGGCGUCUUUUUAAUCUGUUUGGUGUAAGAUUUUUAGGGAAUGGCUUGGUAACAGAUCGUGACUAUAACCACUGGCACAAGCAGCGGAAAAUCAUGGAUCCAGCUUUCAGUCGAAGUUACCUGAUUGGCUUGAUGGGAACCUUCAAUGACAAAGCAGAAGAACUUAUGAAGGCGCUGGAAGAGAAAGCCGACGGAGAGACAGAAGUAGAUAUGAUGGACCUGCUGAGACGGGUGACUCUUGACAUCAUCGCAAAGGUGGCUUUCGGCUUAGAAUUGAACAGCCUCAGCAAUGACCUGUCGCCUUUCCCACGUGCUAUGUCUCUGAUGGCGCAAGGAAUGACCGAGACGCGCAAACCUUUAUUCAAGUACAUGCCAGGGAACAGAAAAGUGGUGAAAGAGAUUCAAGAGAAUUUGAGACUGUUACGGCGUACUGGGAACGAAUGUAUUGAGCAGAGGCGCAAGGCUAUUCAGAAUGAAGAGGAGACCCCCUUGGAUAUUCUCACUCAGAUCUUGAAGAAUGCAGCACAGGAGGGGGAUUGCGAUUAUGAGAGCAUGUUGGACAACUUUGUCACCUUCUUCUUUGCAGGUCAUGACACCACUGCAAGUCAGUUGGCUUUCUCAAUCAUGGAGUUGGGACGGCAACCGGAAGUAAUGGCGAAGCUUCUGGCUGAAGUGGAUGAGGUUGUUGGUGUAAAGAGAGACAUUAACUAUGAAGAUCUGGGAAACCUCCAGUAUUUAUCACAGGUCCUCAAGGAAGUCCUGCGAUUAUACCCACCGGUUCCAGGCACCGUACGCUGGACUGGAAAGGAAGGCGUCGUAGAAGGGGUCAAAAUUCCAGCAAACACCACUGUAGUUUGCAGCACAUAUAUCAUGGGACGCAUGGGAAGGUAUUUCAAGGACCCACUGAUUUUUGAUCCUGACCGAUUUGCCAAAGAUCAACCCAAGCCCUACUAUUCCUAUUUCCCGUUUUCUUUGGGGCCUCGUUCCUGCAUUGGGCAGAUAUUUGCACAGAUGGAGGUUAAAGUGGUGAUGGCCAAAUUUCUGCAGAGGUUUGAAUUCCAGCUGGUUCCACCACAGAGCUUUAAAAUCUUGGACACGGGGACCUUCAGGCCAUUAGACGGCCUGGUCUGCAGACUGAAGCCACGCAACACUCUCGCUUUUGAAGAUUAUGCAGGACAUUGAUGAUGGGGACCUGGCACGAGGUGAUGUGAAAGAACUCUGUCGGAGACACCAGAGAGCCGCUUCCAGUCUAAUAGACAAUACUGACCUUGAUGGAUUGAUAGUCUGGAUUCAUUACAAGGCAGCAUAUUGUGCGUUCAUGUGUGAAGUAUGAAAGCCCUUCCCUGGUUUCUGGGAGGAAAACUAAGUCCAGGUAACUCAAGAUUCUGCCUUUAUGUCUGAGAAGAAUGAGAGUUGUUGGGAAUUCCCCGACCCAAUUUAUUAAAACCUGUAACCUCUAC